GUUUCCCGCACCGUCAAUCAAAAUAGAAAAAAAUCGACCCGAAUUCACCGAUCAACACUAGCCCGCCUUUGAUAAAAUAAUCAUGUUCGGAGUUUAGUAGAUCCGAUAAUCUUCCCGGUUACUACCAUUCACGCUAUGACUGCGCUAGAGCAGCCGCUGAAACAAGGAGAAAUGGCGUCCGCGGACGUGGACAGCAGUCAAAGCGAGUUUCUGCAACCCGGCGGCGCAGCGGAAACACAGACGACAGAUAUGUCAGCCAUUCAGCUGACGGGUUCGGACCGAUGGGAGGUGUUAACUCCAGUCUCAACUGGGAAGGAAGACCAGGGAGUCGUUCACAUUCCAAACUCUGGGAUUGUCACAUCCAACGGGCAGUAUGUGCUUCCUAUUGGGAGUCUUCCCAGUCAGCCCAUUUAUGUUACAGCAUCUGGGAGUGAGGCAGCAGCCAAUGGAGUGUCAGGCAUUCAGUAUCAGGUCAUACCCCAAAUCCAAAAUGCAGAUGGGACACUUGCGGGGUUCUCUACACAGGGGCUGGAUGAUGGCACGGGGCAGAUCCAGCUCCUCCAAGAUGGCAGCCAGGGCAGCAUCGGAAUCAGCUGUGCAACAACGGCGACCACAGACCUCCUCACGCAGGCGGGACAAGUUCAGUCAAUCCAAGGCGUCUCUCUGGCGGGCGGUUCAGCGUACACUGGCACGGUACCUGUGGGGCUUCCCAGCAACAUAACAUUCGUCCCCAUAAACAGCGUAGAUCUGGAGUCGCUAGGCCUGACCGGAGCUCAGACGGUCCCCAUUGCAACAGGGGUAACGCCUGAAGGCCAGCUCAUAAUGAGCAGCCAGGCGCUGGAUAGUCAGGGCCAGGACGCCAGCGCCAAGCAGCCACUGGUGACGGUGAGCGACCCCAACGCCAGCCAAGAGCUCUACGUGCCAACCACCACCACCACUUCCUCCUCCAACUCCUCUCAGCUCCCCGAGACCAUCGACGGCACCGGGGUUCUCACCCAGGCAACCGCCGUGUCUGCAGGCGUGUCUGAUCCCUCGUCCUCAGGGAACUUCAACUCCCACAACCACCUGCAACAAAUCCAGGUGUCAUCCGCCAACGCCACCACAAUCUCGCAGCCCAUCCUGCAGCUGUCGGGGGACAGUCAGGCGCAGGUAGCCCAGGUGGCUCAGGGCCAGGACCUGACGGCAGCAGGUCAGACUCUACAGAGCGUGCAGCUGGUCAACCCAGGAACCUUCCUCAUCCAGGCCCAAACUGUCACUGCUACUGGCCAGAUCCAGUGGCAGACCUUCCAGGUUCAGGGUGUCCAGUCACUACAGGGGCUCCAGUUGCCCCAGGGGCAGGGCCAGGCCCAGCAGCUGACCUUAGCCCCGGUCCAGACACUACCCCUGGGCCAGCCGGGCCAGGUCAGCCUACCCAACCUCCAGACGGUCACAGUUAACUCCGUAGCACAACAUGGAGUUCGGUACACACAUGGAGAGGAUGGAGGCAGUCCAGCUGGUAUCCAGAUAAAGGAGGAGCCAGACUCUGAGGAUUGGCAGCUGAGUGGAGACUCCACGCUGAACCCCAGCGACCUGAGCAACCUGCGCGUUCCGAUGGUAGAUGAGGACAUGGAGAUGCCCAGCGGGGAGGGCAAGAGGCUCCGCAGAGUAGCCUGCACAUGUCCCAACUGCAAAGAGUCUGGAGGAAGAGGUUCGGGCAUGGGGAAGAAGAAGCAGCACAUCUGCCACAUCGUUGGCUGCGGGAAGGUUUACGGGAAGACGUCUCAUCUCCGAGCUCACCUUCGCUGGCACAGCGGAGAAAGGCCCUUCGUCUGCAACUGGAUGUUCUGCGGGAAAAGGUUCACCAGGAGCGACGAGCUGCAGAGACACAGGAGGACACACACAGGAGAGAAGAAGUUCGUGUGCACAGAGUGCUCCAAGAGGUUCAUGCGGAGCGACCACCUGGCCAAGCACAUAAAGACUCACCAGAACAAAAAGGGCGGCGUCCCCUCCUCCACGUCUCCGCCCUCCACUGACGCCGUCAUCACCGCCGACGGAACCACGCUCAUCCUCCAGACCACCACCGCCCACGACCUCGUAGCCAAUCAGGAGAUCCCUUUGCAGUUGGUCACCGUGGCGCCCGGUGAGGUCAUGGAAUGAGGGGGGGCGGGGUGGUGAGGUGGCUUUUCUUUUCUUUUUUAAUUUUCUUUUUUGAAAACUGGCCUGCCACAGGGACCUCUUGGGCUUUUCUCCCUCUUCCGACCCCUAUUUUUUGUUUUGUUUUGUUUUUUUACAUAUGAAUAUAUACGUAAAUAUAUAUGACAAAUAUAUAUAUUUUAAGUAAGAGUUAUCUUGACUUUGUUUUUUGCAGUCUUUUUAUAGGCGGGCAAAAAGAAAUAACAUUAAAAUGUGGUUGCUAUGUACACAUGCGUAAACACACUCACACAGACACACACACAAGAAAAACACGCAUUAACACUCAAGAUGACACGACAUGAGUACUCAACACAAUGAAAUGCCUUAUUUUGUAUUAUACUCUUGUAUAAAAUGCUGGAGGUGCAUGUGUUUUUUUAAGCUUUGCAGAUGAUGUAACUGUAAACGGACAUAAAUGUGUUUGUGAAAAGGAGGAGAUUAAUUUUUUUUGGGGAAAAGGAAGUAGUGAACCUCUCCAGGAUGAUCGGGGUUUUCGUCUCCGGAGAGUUCUGACAAUGCCGAGCGCUCUGUUUGAAGCAACGCCAACAUCCGAGCUCAAAUGCUGCGCGGCUGCUUUUGUUUUUAAAGGAUAGGUCGAAAUUUUGGGAAUAGUUUUGUUGCCUUGCCGAGAGUUAAGCCAGGACAGCAAAAAGACCGGAAAAGAGUGUCCAAAAGCACCUCAGAAGCUCAUUGGUUAUAAUGUUGUAUCUUCCAGGAAGUAGGAAGACGGUGAAUCAUCCUUGUUAUACUUUGGUUUUUGUGCAGAUUAAACCAAAACAGCUACGUGUCGAAGACUUUUAGAGGUGCUGGUAGACAAAGAUAGGCCCUUUUCCAGUUUUUAUGUUGAAGUCUGUUGACUGACUUUGGCGAGACAUGAAAUAGACGCAUUUUCCAACAUCUGCUCACUCGUUCUUUGAUAAAUAUGCAGCAGCUGUCGCCCAAUCACCGACAGUCGGCCCUGAUGUCAUGCUGCUCCAAGCAGAGCGCAGGUUCAGCUGAUGGUCAGAGUAGGACGACGGUGCCACUGUUAACUGAUCUGAAGUUGUUUUCCACCUAAACGGAUGGAGGGGAGGAGAAACGGAUGCAAGCCGCUCUGGAAAAAAAAAAAGAGCAACUUCUUCCAGCAUCAGGUCAGUCGGAGCAGAAUGUCCCAUCUGUCCUCAUGAGCACGCCGUCCGCUGUGCUUGUCCACGUUUAAAACAAAAAAACACGUCUCGUUUUGUUUCUUUAUUUUUUGUUGCUUUCUUUUGAGCAUAUUUUUGUUGUAAAUUCACGGUGUAUUUCAGUUUUUCAUGUCUCUUUGCUGAUCUGGGUGUCAUCGAAAUUGAAAAGCCACACGGCGGUGAUGAUAGAUUUUAAAAAGUGGACGGUGGUUAACCUCUGGAUUCCUGCAGGGUUCUUCAUUGUCGGUUUUAGCUGCAGGAAGACGUCGCCGUGCAAAGAAAAGGGAUGCAACGAAUCAGCGGCCCCUCGAGGGCACAUUUUUGUCAUCCAACAUUCCAGUUGGGCGUCGGAUAAUGUGGGAUUCUUUCUUUGCAAUAACUGCUCUGUUGGUGAUUCUGGCCUCAUGUCAAAAGGAAAACAAUCAUGCCAUUGUUUGAUGUUUCUUUUUAUAUUUUAUUUUAAUUAACGUAAUCCCUGCCUCAGUUUGUCCUCAUGUUUGUAGCAUUCAUUUACAUGUAUAUUAUCUUAUUUUCCACAUUGUUCAUAGAAGCCAUUACUUAGUUAACUGAAUUUGUUGUAUCAAAACCUUAUUUUAAGUGAUUUUUUUUAAUGAAUUGGUGUAAAAAUUGAAUGUUACCUUUUGUAAAACCUUUUUUCAAAUGGAUCACAAUAAAAGUCUGAAAGCUUCCA